AUGUUGCCAAUCCUUCUUCUGGUAUUGGCACCCGGAUAUUCACUUACAGCUGAUAUUACAACUCUGUGUGAAGAUGUGCGUGAAAUUUUCCAGAUUAUAAAUGGCCAGCUUUUGACAUUCACACCUCCGGAACAUUGCAGUCUUACCUACGGUUUGGGCCAGAGUGUUUUAGGUGGAAAUGCGGCGUCUACCUAUGGGUGCUUUGAACCGAUAUACGAUAAAAUAUGUUCAAUUAGACUCGUGGAGCGAGUUUAUGGGCCCACUUGUCAAUCGGCAUUGGCGCUGUUCAGACGUAUAGUAGAAAGUGACAUUAUCGAGUUGGGUAGCAGCGGUGAGAUAGUGGAUUCCAAAAAUUUUUGCGACAAAUCAUUCAUUAUGGUAAAAGGCGGAGCCAGUGAUAAUGUAAAAGAUAGACCGCAACGAUUCCAGUCUGAGGAUCUGGAAGAUUGUCGUGCCAUUGUUGAAUCGUACAAUACGUGUGUUUCUCUUACUAGUGCCAUUGCUGGCGCUAACUGGAACGGUAAGGAGUGUUUGUACAAGUUCAAAUACUGCGAGUUGGCCGCCAAUUGGGAUAGUGCUGCGAUUGAUUCCGGAUACUGUAAAAAUGUCAUUGCACCUAUGCUGUUAAUGGAUGCCCUGCUCAUCAAUGGCUACAAGCGAAAUACUUGCUCUGACCUAUCAAACUAUGAAACAUAUCUCACGCAAAAGAAGCUGGAACUUGAUAAAAGUGCAAAAGAAUGUUUGGAUACGGCCAACUCAAUGACUAUCGUAAGCAGAUGGGAAGAUGAUGAAUUAUCAAAUAAUAGCGAUAUAGCCAAGACGCAGGAGUCAGUAAAUGAGGUUUUUAACAAAUUGCACAUAUUUGACAGCAAGGGACUGGGGUUUGACAGUGCAGUGAUUAGCGAGUUCAAUAAGAUUGUAACGAUACUGGAAAAGGGAGAAAGGGCGUCAAUGUCAUUUUCUCAUGAUUUUCUUAGGAAUAUUGUCAUAUUUAGUCAAAUUAAACACUCUCUUCCAAUGUUUUCCACUCAUUUAGCGGUUAUAGAGGAGCUACUCUCCCGUGGCCAUGUAUCAUUUACAAACGCCUUCGGAUUCCAACAGAUAACAGCUGAUAGGAUCGAAGAUAUACGGACUAGGAUACUAAAAUUAUUCACUAAAUGUCACAUUUACACAGAAAAAGACAGGCUUACCGACAAUAAUAUAAACGCCAGUGACGAUUUUGGCAUAGUGAUGGAAUUAAGAAAUCAUGCUAGCGAAUUGAAGGACAUUAGUAAUCAGUUUAACGAGCAAAUCCGCAUACUAAAACGCUGGAGGCAAGGAGAAACUGACAAGGCAUCGACAUUGCCAUCGGCAUUGGCACGACUGGGUAACUUGGCUGGCAUCUAG